GAGGCCUCCCGCAGCGUCCGGUCGCCGGGUUGGGUGGCGGGGCCCUCAGGGGUGUGGCCGCCAAGCGCCCCUCCUUCGCGGGCGACUCUCAGCUCCGGUGGUCCGUACCCGUCUCCGCUCCGGCUCAGCAGCACAGCGCAGCUGCCGCCCGCCCGCCCGCUUCUCGGACCAUGGCCAACACGGAGCGCACCUUCAUCGCCAUCAAGCCAGACGGCGUGCAGCGCGGCCUGGUGGGCGAAAUCAUCAAGCGCUUCGAGCAGAAGGGGUUCCGCCUCGUGGCCAUGAAGUUCCUAAGGGCCUCCAAUGAACUGCUGAAGGAGCACUACAUUGACCUGAAAGACCGCCCGUUCUACCCCGGGCUGGUGAAGUACAUGAACUCAGGGCCUGUGGUGGCCAUGGUCUGGGAGGGGCUGAACGUGGUGAAGACAGGGAGGAUGAUGCUCGGGGAGACCAAUCCAGCAGAUUCUAAGCCAGGCACCAUUCGAGGGGACUUCUGCAUUCAAGUUGGCAGGAACAUCAUUCACGGCAGUGAUUCAGUAAAAAGUGCCGAGAGAGAAAUCAGCCUGUGGUUUAAGCCUGACGAACUGGUCGACUACAAGCCUUGUGCUUUUGACUGGAUCUAUGAAUAAAGGGGUGGACAAAGUGUCAGUCCCUUUGGGCUCCACUUGGAUGUGUUUCCCUGGACACAGCUAUCCAUUCCACUGACUUGGAAGCCAUAGGAUCGAUUUUUGUUUUCUAAAGUAUACUUACCAAUAAAGCCUUUUGGAAAAGUGGG